UUUCUGCUCAUUCGCAUCGCUGCCGUUCCGUCCGCCUGUCGUUUACCUGAAACUCUGUGUCGUUGUGGCGUAUUUUCGUGGUCGUUCAGUGUUUCAGUGAAUUCUGUGUUUAUUGCGUGCAGCCUCCGAGAGCGAGGGCCGAACAUGACGCACAACAACUCGUGAGGAGUCCACCGAAAUGUCGAUUACGGGCGCGAUCCGUUCGUGAAAGUUUCCUGGCGUUGUGCAGAUCGUUCGCCGCGACCAAUGGUGUGUUGUGAAAGAAGAGUCGAUGUGAAGUCAAUGGUAAUUGUGUGGCGCGUUGUGCUUGCGAAUUGUGCGAACGAAUAUUGUGACGAGCAGUGAAAAGGAGCAGCCCAGAUGGCGGUGUGGAAGGACGUAGGCGAGCCGUAUCUGUACGGAAUCGCUAAAAAUAACUUCUAUCAAGAGGACAAACCACAUCGAUUGUGUCUGGAUGUUGGCGAUGCAGUGAUUAUAAUCAAAGAGACUGAUGAGUGGUAUUUUGGGUACAACAAAAGAGACAAAAAUCAGCUUGGCAUCUUCCCGAAGUCAUAUGUUCAACUAAUUGAAGCCGUUAAUGUUAAAGAUGAAUACGUUAUCAAACGAACAGAAAUCGUCGAUGAAAUAACGACCGUACUUAAAGAAUGGGGUACAAUCUUCAAGAAUUUCUAUCUGAGCAAUAAUCAGAAAUUUCAACCGAUAAGACAGAAAAUGUUGGAGUUAAUUCGUUUAAGAUCACAGAUGCUGUCUGGUAAUCUACCAGUUGAUGAGAUGCGUGAAGUGAAAUUACAAGCAACAGCUGAAGUUGAUACAGGGAAUAGUAUAUUGGGUCUUGACAUGGUAGUCCGGGACGAUACUGGAAAUGUACUGGAUAUUAAUUCGACUUGUACGACUGAACUGUACGAACAUCAUGUCCAUGCCGUCGAUAGGAUACGCAGGGCAACGAAUACAUAUCACAAAAAUCGAAUAUCGAAAACAAUGAACAAACAUUCACAUAGCGUUCUGCUUGCCGUCCAUGCAUUUGUGUGUAAAUUUCAAGAAGACUCCGACCUUCUAUUCACACUCUACGAUGGAGACGAACAUAAAGCGAUUACAGAAAACUACGUUGUCAAGUGGGGUCGACAAGGCAUCGCUCGAGAUCUAGAUCAAUUCGAUAAUACUCGUGUCCUUUUCACAGAUUUAGGAAGCAAUGACUUGAAUAGAAAUAAAAUCUAUUUAAUAUGCUACGCGAUACGAAUAGGGUCGAUGGAAAUGAAGGAGUCGGAGUCGAAACGUGCAAGUAUGGCGAACGCGGUUCUGAAUACUGGACAGAAAAAACUAUCGCAGCUGUCCAUGAAUUCAAUGGGAUCAUAUAAUUUGACCGAACAAAUGCGUCGACCGUUUGGAGUGGCGGCAAUUGAUUUAACGCCAAUCAUCAAGAAACCAGAGGAUUUCAAAAAUAAUCUGGAUUUACCUUUUAUUCUAUGUGAAAAGGAGAAUUUAGACAGUACACUUAAGAAGUUAAUACUUAAUAAGGAUAUUGGAAAGAUAGAUUCGAAACUAGCAGUUAGUGUUGAGGUGUUGCAUGGUGAUAUUAAACAGAUCAAAGAGGAAUAUCCACAUUUGGUGCAUGGAAAUGUUCCAUUUGCGCGUAAAAUGGGUUUCCCCGAAGUGAUAUUUCCAGGUGAUGUCCGCAACGAUCUAUAUUUAACUCUUGCAAGCGGUGAGUUCUCAAAAGGGACUCGUGGUGGCGAGAAAAAUAUUGAAGUGUCCGUUGUUGUUUGCAACGAAACUGGUCAAGUUGUUCCUGGUGUAAUUACACUUGGAGCUGGGGCACAGAUGUUAAAUGAAUACAAAUCCGUUGUUUAUUAUCACGAAGACAAACCGAAAUGGAAUGAGACAUUCAAAAUACAAGUGCCAAUUGAAGAAUUCAAACAGUGCCAUCUAAGAUUCACUUUCAAACAUCGCAGUUCAAAUGAACAAAAGGAUCGUACGGAAAAGCCUUUUGCUCUCUCCUAUGUGAAAUUGAUGCAAACAAAUGGUACAACAUUACAACACAAAGCCCACCAGCUACUCGUGUACAAAAUUGAUCAUAAAAAAUACGAAAAGGAAAGUGAAUUCAACUAUUUGAGUUUACCAUCCCAACCAGGAGAAUUGACUGGAAAUACAAAGCCAUCGGUUGCUGGAUUUACUCUCGCUCCAAAGGACCUAUUCACGAUAGAGACGAAUUUAUGCAGCACAAAAUUAACACAAAAUGUCGAUUUAUUGGGACUAUUGAAUUGGUCCGCACAUACGGAAACACUUGAAAUGUCAUUAGAAGCCUUGAUGAACGUUGAUGCUGGGGAAAUAGUUAAAUUUUUGCAGGAUAUACUUGAUGCAUUGUUUAAUAUUUUGGCCGAUGAUGAUACCCCAGAUAAAUACGACUACUUAGUAUUCAACUGCCUAAUUCGACUUAUCGAAAUUCUAUCAGACUUGAAAUAUCAACACUUUCAAUCAGUAUUGGACUUAUACAUAAACGAAAGCUUUUCAGCGACAUUAGCAUACUCUAAAUUAUUGAACGUACUUCAAAACCACAUCAAAAACGCAACCCGAAUAGAAGUCAAUCAUGACUGUAUCUCUCUGCAUACGGAUACCGAUCGAUACUCUGAAGAGUCAUUGUACAAAACAACCAAAAAUCUUCAAUACAUCAUUAAAUUCAUCAUACAAUCGCGAAUAUUAUUUUCAAAGUUGAAUAAUGACAAGGAUCGAGAUAAAUUUGAGUAUAGGCUUGAAGAGCUCCUUUCUCUAUUCACUGAACUUGUCGAGAGCUCCAACGAAAGAUUGAGAUCCCAAGGAGCAAUUUUGAAGUAUUUACAUGUGAUAGCGACUGAUUUGAUGCAAGUUUAUGAUCCAGUUAAGUUGAGUCAUAGCAUUGUGGAUAUUUUAACGCAUGUACCCUCGGGACGAUUGACUCAAUCACGAAUGACCUGCAUCAAGGAUUUAGUUGAUUCGAAACUGUUUCGAUUGCCAUCUUGUCGAGCGGUCCUUCUUCCUGUUUUCUGUAAGCAAAUUAAAGAUAAAUUGGAAAGCAAAGAAGAGGGUGACGUAAAAUCAGGUAUUUGGCAACAUGAAAAGAAUCUAACGAAGGCAGCUAAGGUUUUGGGUGAAUCAAAAUCCCACCUACACACGCGUGAAACAACAGCAAAAUCAAAGAUCUCUGAAUGCGUAAAUAUCAUGAGCAACAUACUAAAACUCCUCUUCCAAGAGGACAUUGGUCCCACCGACAGUGAUGUUCGUGACAUCAUGUUAAUUCUCCUUCGGACUGUAAUUCAAACUUCAAUUGCUAUGGAUCGUGACAACCCUCACGUGGGACACUUGGUGGCGAUCAUGCUUGGCAUUAUACGCAGCAUGAAGACAAUCCACUACGAUAUUUACGUGAAACAUUUCAACACUCGUUACGAUCUUCAAGAUUUUCUCACUGAAAUCCUGCUUGUGUACAAAGAUCUAGUUUCAAAGCCAGUUUUUCCAACCGAUUGGAUGGACAUGAUUAUGCAUCAGAAUACUGUGAUACUGGAAAGUUUAAGGCAAUUUUCCAUUAUAAUCAUUGAUUACUUCUUUUGUCCGUUCGAGAAGCAAGUUUGGUCGAACUUCUUUCAGUGUUCGAUUGCGUUCCUGAUACAGACGCCUUUGCAAUUGGAUCAAUUCAGUAGAAGUAAGCAGUCGGCGAUUCUAUCAAGGUACAAGGAUAUAAGACAUGAAACGGCCACUGAAAUCAGGAAAAUGUGGUUCCAGUUGGGAGAGCAUAAAGUGCAGUUCGUGCCUCAACUGGUGGAGCCUAUUUUAGAAAUGAGCAUGAUCCCUGAAGUCGAGCUCAGAAGGGCAACAAUUCCGAUAUUUUUUGACAUGAUGCAGUGCGAAUACUACAGUUCACGAUAUAUUGUUGAUAGCUAUGGAGAUACGAAAAGAAACGCUUCACAUUGUAAGGCGAAUUUCAAUGAGUUUGAGACAGAGAUGAUUGAAAAACUGGAUGUAUUGGUGGAAGGUGGACGCGGUGAUCAUGAGUAUAAAGUCCUUUUUGAAGAGAUAAUGAUGGAGAACUGUGAGGGUCACAAUACACUUAAUGUGGAUGGUAUACGAUUUGUGCGAAUUGUUACCGAACUCAUGGAGAAGCUGCUGGAGUAUCGUUUGAUCAUAAUGAAUGAUGAAAGCAAGGAGAACCGGAUGGCGUGUACUGUCAGCCUUUUGCAGUUUUAUGAUUCCGUGAAUAGAAAGGAAAUGUACAUUCGUUACGUAUACAAACUCUUCGACCUUCAUAUGGAAUUCGACAACUAUAUCGAAGCUGCAUUUACUUUGAAGUUACACAGUGAUCUCUUGUUCUGGGAUGAAACCGAAUUGUCUCCAUUGUUACGAUCUCAUCGACAUCCAAGCUGCCGAUCACACCGACAACUGAAGGAGGCACUUUACAAUGAAAUCAUUGAAUAUUUCGACAAAGGCAAGAUGUGGGAAUGUGCAAUUGAAAUGUGCAAGGAGCUCGCAAUGCAAUACGAAAAUGAAGUUUUUGAUUACCUUAGCCUGAGUACAAUCCAUACAAAGAUGGCGUUAUUCUAUGAGAAGAUUCUAAAAGAGAUGCGUCAUGAAUCGGAGUAUUUCCGGGUGGCAUUCUUUGGUCUUCGAUUUCCUGAUUUCUUGAGGAAUAAGGUAUUCAUCUAUCGUGGCAAGGAGUAUGAAAGACUGAGCGAUUUCUGUGCACGAAUUUUAACUCAACAUCCUGCUGCGGAGUUGAUGCAAACAUUGACAACACCUGGGUCAGAAAUUACACAGUCCGAUGGACAGUAUAUUCAAAUUAACAGUGUGGAGCCAAUAAUGGAUGAUCAGCACAGCAAGCUGAAGAAUAAGAUCAUUGCGAGGGACAUUAUCAAGUACUAUCAAACGAAUAAUGUCCAGAAAUUCAAGUUUUCACGACCGUUUAAGGAUAAUAAUGAUGGAGACGGAAAUCAAGUGAGCAAUUUGUGGUUGGAGAGGACAGUGAUGAUCACAAAAUAUCCACUGCCUGGAAUCUUGAGAUGGUUCCCGGUCAUCGAGUCGGAGACUUACAAGAUUUCACCAAUCGAAUAUGCUGUUGAGACAAUGGAACUCACAAAUAACAUGAUUCGUGACCUAAUCAUCGCACAUAAGAGUGAUGAGAAUUUACCAAUUAAUCCGAUGAGUAUGAAAAUCAAUGGAAUCGUUGAUCCGGCUGUGAUGGGCGGUUUUAGUAAGUACGAAGAAGCAUUCCUGACCCCUGAGUAUUUGGAAGCUAAUCCCGAAAAUGCCAUAAUAGUUGAAAAGUUGAAGAACUUAAUUGCAUCACAAAUUCCACUGUUGGAGAUAGCUCUUGCUGUACACAAGGUGAAAAUACCACCGAGCCUUUCACUUUUCCAUGAGCAUCUGGAAAAGUGUUUCGGGGAGAUGCAAUGCAGCGUGGAAGCAAAAUAUGGAAAGAGAACCUGUGAUCUUAAAUUUGACCGUGAUAGCUUUGUAACGAUGCGUCGAAACGGUUUUAUUGCACAAACUAGUCUAGACUGUAACAACAGGCUGUCAGAAACAAGUAUGGGAUCAUCUGAUAGCGGUUUGUCAAAGUCAACGCAGAGCAGUCGGCCACAGACUAACUCGAUUAAAUCAACUUUAGCUAGCUUUAAUUUCAACACAGCGAAUUUAACACGAACAUCUUUGGGUCAUUCGUCAACAACAAAGUCGAAAGGUAAAGACAAGAAUCCAAAGAGACGAUCGAGUAAAAAGCUGGAUCGAGAACAUCUAAGUCUUCCGGUGGCCAACUGUCAAUGGUACACAUCCUCCAACCUGGCAUCGAUAACGCCGACACCAAGCGAAAAAGAUACACUGGAUUCAAGUUCGGCACCGAUUGUGACCAACAACGUUCCAGUUUUCGAAUUAACGGAAGAAAAUAAGCUAACCACACAGCGUCCCCUCCGAUCGGAGAUUGAACGCGAACGACGAUUAUCGCGGCCAGCUAGCAUGGCUACUCCUACUUCGAGCAUGAAAACUCUUGUAUCCGGUGAUACACACUCGUUAUCGGGUGGCGAUAGUAGUAAUCGAAAUUCCAUGGAUUCUUAUUCAGCAACACCAGAUUCGGCGUCCGAAGAAGAUCUCAUUCCACCCCCGUUACCAGCUAAAACCCGGGACUCUAUCGAUUACAGUAGUCUAUCACCUAAUGAUUUCCUGCGCUCUCCGAACUACAUACAUAAUCAAAAUUUAACGACGCAACAAACCACGACAAUGACGUGGGCAACAAGCAAUUUCACGACAAUAUCACAAUCCGGAAAAGGACAAACAUCCGUUUAUGAAUAUGUUGAAGCGAAAAAUUUUAAUAUUUGCGUAGAUGAUAAGCCUAGACCACCAACACCACCACCAAAGCCAUCCAGAAAUAGUAAAUAUGUUCCUGCUACGUAGGAGAAAAGAGAGUUCUUAGUAGUUAAGGAUAUAUGUAAGCGCUUAGAAUAGGUGUCGCAGUAUAGAUCAUCUAGUUCAAAAAAAUAAUGCUUUAAAUGUUUCUACAUACAAAUCCUAACGUUAGCUCUUAGUGAAUGUGAAUUAAUCCUACAUGAAAUCUUAAACACUACAAUCUUCCGUUGUUCCUUGAAGCAUAUCUGAAAUAUAGGGUUGGGGAAAAGGAAAUGUCGUAUUUGUGAUCGAAAUUUGAUGCCUUACUUAACAUACUUAGAAUUAUUCGAUUUGAGUCAAAUAUAGGCCGUUUUGUUCUCAAACUUGUUGCCAUUUAGAAGGCAACUCCCUUAUCCCCUCUAAUUACCCCCCAUCCCCCCCCCCCCCUCCUUAUUUGCAAAAAACUCAGACAUCCAAUUUUCGCAAGCCUCUUUUGAGGCUAACUU